AUGUUUAUUGUGCAGUCAUUUAGAUCAUUUUCAUUGCAGUUGGCUCUGUACAGCAGGUGUGUGCUUAAUCAGCGGUCAGUAGCUAACUUCCUGUUAGCUUAUGGUUCAUGUAACAGGGCUUGCAGACCAUUCCUAAAGAAAUACUAUAAGGCUUCUAUUCGUCUGCCAUCAGAUUGGUUAAAUGUGGCUGAACAAUGUCAAGUAUUCGGUGAAGAAGGCUUGACUUCUGUAGCUCUACCAUCUGCACUGAGAAAGGUCAUGGCCACAAAGUUUUCUGACUUUGAUGCUUAUCAGCUAGCUAAAUAUAACAAGGGAAAAAAGAAGAAAAAGAAGAAGAAGGGAAAGAAAACAUCAAGACCCGAAGAUCUUGUAGAGACAGGAGAAUCCGUAGAAGAAACAAAGCGGAAGAAAACAUUCAAUCUAAAACAAAUGAUUCGAGCUCUACACUUGUGUGAGCCUGUGGAACAUGUUAUGUGCAUAAUUGGGAAAAGAUAUCCGGAUAACUGGGAUAAAUUCAUCAUUAGUAAGCUACCGGGCACAUACGACGAAACCCGAGCAGGGAAGAGAAUGAAAUUACCAGUUCCCGAAACCUGGGAGACACAGAUAUCUGCGCGUGGCAACAAGGCUGUUGUGUGGGAGACGCUGAUAGACAAAAAGAAGCUGCCGUUCAUGGCGAUGCUACGCAACCUGAGGAACAUGAUACAGGUGGGUGUGUCCGACAAGCACCACGCGUGUAUCAUCAGGAAGCUAACCGAUCCGCAGACGGUGAUCCACAGUCGGCAGUUUCCAUUCCGCUUCUUCUCGGCCUACGAUGCUCUGCAAGACUUGGAAAAUCAACUCGAGAAUCAAGAAUCUGCUUCUGCUGUUGAAGUACAGUAUAAACAAGUAAAGAGUGCGAAAAGAAAGCAGGGCACUCAGAAAAAGGGUGCAGGAAAUGUAGGAAGAGGAGGAGCAAAAGGACAACCAGGAGCCAAAAAACAUGGUACGACCAAAUCACAGCCGUGGUACAUCAACAAUGGGCAGCAAGAAAAAAUGAGUAGGCGUGUGCAAUACGAUAGUGCGCUGAUCAAUCGCUAUCGUAAAGCCUUGGAUACUGCUGUCAAAAUUGCAACCGUCUACAACACGGAUCCUAUUCCUGGAAGCACUAUAAUUUUCUGUGACCUUGGACCAGGCAUGGAUGUCCCAGCUAUGGCAGCAAAGGGUCUUGGUAAAACGAAGACGUUUGCUACAUUAGCUGUCCUACUUGGGCUGAUGUGUAAAUAUGCAAGUGAGCAAGGACAGAUGGUUGUGUAUGGAGCAGCUAAUAGUGUUGAAGUUGAACUGAAGGAAGGUUCCAUCCUAGACAACGUAAACCGGAUCCUUAAGCUCGCAGAUUGGCUGAACUGUGGACCACCUUCAGUGGGAGCCUUUCCAUGCAAGGUCUUGCAUGAUCUGAUCGGGGACAGAAAGCAGAUUGACAACAUCAUCGUAGUGUCCAAUGGUAUCAUGUGUGACUACAUUCAAUGUGGAUCAUCGAGUUUCCAGGCGAAGUACAGAAGGCUUGUAAAUCCAAACCUGAUCUAUGCCUAUAUCGAUGUGUCUGGACAUUCUGGAAUCCUGAGGGGAGAAAACACUCAUGACAGAGACAUAUUUCUGACUGGAUUCAGUGACCAAAUCCUAAGGUACAUCUGCAACCGAGGUGACAGUGGGCAGCUGAUACAGGUGGAGAAUAUUGACAGGGCCUAUGAGCUGUGUUCGUCAGAGAAGAAGCCGCAACUGGAGGCCCUUACAGAGGAAGCUGAUGCUAGAAGUGCUAAACUGACCUAUGCUCCCUUGUGGCGCACCAUCCGCGUAUUCAUUUCCUCGACGUUCAAAGACAUGCAUGGUGAGCGAGACCUUCUCACGAGGUUCGUGUUCCCGGAGUUACGAGCACGUGCGAGGGAGCGAUUUGUCAACGUCUACGAGGUUGACUUGCGAUGGGGCAUUAGUGAGACGGCUGCCACUGACACAGGGAGCCUCGAGCUGUGCCUGUCCGAAGCCAGCCAAUGCCAGCUGUUCGUUGGCAUGCUGGGAGAGCGCUACGGCUGGACGCCUGCAUCCUACGAUGUCAGCGACCGACGCGAGUUUGAUUGGCUGAAGGGCUUUGUGGCGGGAGCGUCUGUGACGGAGCUGGAGAUGCAGCAUAGCGUGCUGCGGAACCACGCGCGUCGACGCGGGACGGCCAUCUUCCUGCUGCGUGAUGGCAGCUACGAGAAGGAAAUUCCAAAGAAAUACCAAUCGGCAAUGUGCGUGGAAAAUGCAGACUGUGCAGUAAAGGUUGCCAAGUUGAAGAAAGCCAUCCGCGCCAGUGGGCACCACAUCUAUGAUGGCUAUCCGUGCAAGUGGGGCGGGGUUGUUGAUGGCAAACCUAUUGUCGCAGGAUUAGAGCUGUUUGGAGCCGAAGUGCUAAACAAUCUGUGGAAAGCCAUUUUAGAUCUGUGUUGUGAUGAGACUGAGACAACUGACCAGGGAGAUCAAUGGGAGUGGCACCAUGGCCAGCACACGGCACAGGCUGAAUUCUACAGGCAGGCCUUUGUUGGACGCAGACCUCUGCUGCAGACAUGUCUGAACACUAUAGUGGCAUGUGAGAAGGGUGCAGUCGUGUUAGCUGGGAAGCCUGGCAGUGGGAAAUCUGCAGUGAUGUCAGAACUACUGGAACUGUACCAUGGGUCAGACGCAUGCAAGGCUGGAUCAGAUGUGAUUUCACACUUUCUUGAAGCCGUUCCGGGCUCUACGGGCAUUCAUGCCAUGCUAACCAGGCUCUGUCAUGAACUGACUAUUUGCGACUGGCGACAAUUUGCAGACUCUACUGUGCCAGUCAAAUAUGAGAACCUGGUUGCUAAGUUUGGAAAGCUAAUUGCUGAGACAGCACAGCAGACCUCAUCACCACUAGUUGUGUUCAUCGAUGGCUUGGACUUACUGGAUGACACCCAUCAGGCCAGGAACCUACACUGGCUCCCUGACCCACUGCCAGAGAAUGUAGUAUUCGUCGUGAGUGUGAACCUUGACUCCGACCUCCACAUCGUCCUGAAGGAAAGGAGGGCACAUGAGGUGAUCGUCGAGCAUCUCGACAUCUGGGAUAGAGCAAAACUCGUGCGACAGACGCUGGCUUCACACGGCAAGACUCUCGAUGAAUCAGCCUUCAGCAACCAGAUGAAGGUGUUGGUUUCCAAGAGGGAAGCUGGUCAACCACUGUUUUUGAAACUGGCCUGCGAGGAGCUAAGAGUGUUCGGCUUGUUUGCGAAAGUGUCGGCCAAGCUGCGUAGUUUACCUCAGACAACCCCUAAGCUCUUGCAAGACAUUCUACAGCGUUUGGAGACAGAGCACACACACGAAAUGAUUGCCACGACACUUCAACUUGUUUACUUUGCUCGAAAUGGGCUGUUAGAAACAGAACUACAUUACCUACUGAGCUACCAUUUCAAUGCUGGCGAGUCACGGAACAAGUCACGGUCUAAGGAUGCAGCUUGUGAGAGCAGGAAUGUGUAUAUAAGGCCAGACCAGAUGAUUGCACCCGUGGUGCUUUCAAGGUUGCUACAUGCUCUACAUGGCUUUCUACGAGUAACAGGCACCGAAAGGAUACUGCGUUUGGCGCAUGCGGCGAUAGGCGCGGCAGUGAAUUCACGCUACGUGAGGAGCCUCUCUGCGAACAAGAAGCAGGAGCUGCACAGGCUACUGGCUAGCAUCUACCUGCAGGAGGCUGAUCCAGCCAGAGAUGGCUCCUGGAAGGGACUCAACAGUCGAGCCUUCACUGCGCUGCCAUACCAUCUUAUGCUCGGCGGUUGCCACGUGCAGUUAGAGCGGAUGCUCUGCAACCUAAACUUUCUACACAAGAAGUUCCAGCUGGGUCUUGGUGCUCAGCUCCUGCAGGACUUUGCUGCACAGGCGUCGGGGUCGCCCGCUAGUUCCAAGCAGCAGCCUGCGGAGGAGGAUGGCAGUCGCGUGCAGCAGUACCAAGCGUUUGUCACUCGUCAUCAGCACAUCCUGUCGAGUUGCCCGCUGUUGACGUGGCAGUACGCACUCAACGAACCGGAUACGUCUCCACUUCGCGAUGAUCUGGGAAAGUGCGCCGGACUGUCGCCAAGUCAACGUGAUGCGUACCUCAUGUUGAACUGGAUGAACCGACCGCAGUAUGCCGAUCCUUGUAGCAUGACACUCACUGGCUUUCAUAAGCCGAUAACCUGCCUGGCAGUGUCUAGUGACGGAGUCUGUGUUGUGAGCGGUGGUACUGACUGCAUUCUAAGAAUCAUCAAUCUAACUACAGGCCAAGAGGAGUCCAUGUUUGUUGGCCAUGCACACACCAUCAGUGGCGUCUGUUUUGCUGGCACUGGUGUUGUGUGCUCAGCGUCGCUGGAUAAUACACUGUCACUGUGGAACCUCAGUCAUGGAACUAGGCUGCACGUUCUGAAGGGUCAUUCACGAAGAGUGAGUGCGUGUGCUGCAGAUGUAAGUGGUAAGCUGUUAGCAUCUGCUGGUUGGGACUGUCAACUAAAAAUCUGGGAUGUGCGGCAAGGCAAACUAGUGACAACGUUUUUGGAAAAGAGACCCAUCAAUGCCGUCGCUUUCCAUCCUGAAGGAGAUAUUGUAGGAACAGCUGGCUGGAGUUCUGUCAUUCAGCUGUAUGACAUCGUUAACCAGAAACGAAUUGCAAUUGUGCGAGGACACAUGGCAUCUGUAAGGGCGAUGACAUUCUCCCCAGAUGGCAAAUAUAUGGCAUCGUCUGCCUUGGAUUGCAGUGUGAACCUCUGGGCAGCCAAAACUGGGACCAUGGUUGGCAACCUGAGUGGUCACCACUUGCCUGUGAACAGCCUACUGUUCUCGCGUGAUGGGCAGCAGCUGGUCACUGUUAGCGAUGACCACACAGCCAAGCUAUGGUCGGGUCACAUCGGAAAAGAAGUUUUGUGUUUGAAGCCACCAGUGGAGGCGAGGGACAGCCAUGCUCUGUGUGUGACCUUGAACGACAGUGGUUCCAGGGUUGCAGUUGGCUAUCACAAUGGACAUGUCCGGAUCUUUUGUGUGAAAACAGGUUUACUGAUGGACGAUAUUCACCGACAUGCCUCUCCUGUGAGGUGCCUAGCUUUCCUGUCAACUGAUCUGCUAGUUUCUGGCUCCGAAGAUCAUACAGCCAAGGUUAAUCAUAGACACAGAGACGUAGUAACAGAGCAGCUGUUGACUGGGCACAAGGGAGCCGUGGUAGCUGUUGCUGCAGCCGAUAGUUACAUUGUCACUGCAUCUGAGGACUUCACUGCCUAUGUCUACCCUGGUGCUAGUUCUCUCUCCACCAGUAAAGGCAAGGAGUUGGCGCCUUUGUGGCAUCUCUGUGAGCACACGGGCCCCGUAACAUGCUGCAACCUGUCACCAGAUGGCAGGCGUGUUGUGACUGGCAGUCGGGACAUGUCGGUGAUCAUAUGGGACCUCGCGGGAAGUGAUCCGACAAGACCGGAACAUGUGAUACCUGAAGCUCAUAGAGACUGGAUCACAUGCUGUGCAUGGUCAAACGUGGGAAAUUACCUGGUAACUGGAUCUAAUGAUUUCACAUUAAAGCUAUGGGAUGUUGCUGCUGUAUCAGCAGAAAAUGUUCCAAAGUACCAUUUUACUGGUCACGAGUCUGCUAUCAACGCAGUUGCUUACAAGUCGGGUUGUGUCGUGUCUGCGUCACACGAUGGUACAGUGAAGGUGUGGUCCCACAAGGGUGUUGAGAUGACAACAUUAUAUGGGCACAGUGAGAGGGUUAACUCUUGUGAUCUCUUCGUCUUCCCAGAAAAAGCAGUCUCUGUGACAAAGUCCAAAAGAUCCAUGGACUGGGCAGCAGAAAUGGAACUUAGUGAUUGGAAGGAAGAAUAUGAAAAGAAAGAUACUAAAGAAAAGCAGAGCAAACCGAAAUACGAGGAUGUCAUCGUAGUAUCAGCUGGUGAUGAUGGCACAGCUCGAGUGUGGCGUCCUUUAGAGGGAAAUGAGUUGAUGACAUUGGAUGGCCAUUCCGAUCGAGUUCUAGCUGUUACUAUGACGAACAAGGAAAAAAUCGUGACUAGCUCUCUAGAUUGCAGUGUUCGUGUGUGGCAAGCCGUUCGUGAGACUAUGCAGGACCAGCAUAGAGGUGAAGUAACAUGUGUAGCUGCGUCGGGUAAAUAUGCAGUGACUGGUGGAAGAGAUGGACUCGUAAGGCUGUGGAGUAUUGCAAGUAUGCAAUGCAUUAGCAAAGCAAAGGUGAGUGAGAGAACAGUCACAUCACUUUGCUUCUCUAUCAAAAGUCGACUCAUGAUUGGAUCUGCUGAUGGUGUCUUAAGGGAGUUCACCAUUGAUAAUGUCACCGACCAGCUGAGCCUCUCUCGGCAGCUUCACAUCUUUCACACUCCAAUAACAACAAUUGCAACUGUGACCAUGAACACAGACAAAAAUCCAGCUGUCAUCAUGGUGAUUGUGGCACAACAAAACGGUCAAGUGUCGUUGGUGUAUGCUGAUGAUACCUUGAUGACUUGCAGGGAUUCAGAAUUAAUGUUUGACUGUGUUCUGUGUGUUGACUCGGACAGAGAUAUGAUCGUCUGUUCUACAGAUAAUGGCACAAUAGCUCUAUGCUAUUUAAAGUCCACAGAUCAGAAAAAACCAAAGCUAAUAUGGCCAGAUGAAGAGAGCAACAGUGAGUCGUGGACUACCAUCCAGCACCUGUCAGCAGGCAAAGAAAUCUUCCAAAACUGGGUGCUGGCUUGUUGCUGUGACAGUAACAGAGGGGAAGUGUAUGCUGGUGACUCGGAAGGCUAUCUUACUGUCUUCCGUAGAAGUAAUUCCAACGCAUUGGAGAAGAACUUCUUCUCAAGGAAGGUCCAUGAUGGAGCAAUAACAUGUAUGACACUGCUACGCAGCCACUGUGCAAUUGCAACCGGAUCGGACGACAAAACCAUCAAACUUCUCAAUCUUUCAACGUGGAAGCAGGUUGGGCAGUUUUAUGCGAAAACCGAGGUGACAAGUCUGUGCAGCUGCAAUGGAACCCUGAUUGCAGGAGACAAGCAGGGGCGCACUAUCUUUCUGCAGCCUGCGAAGAUGACUGACAUUUGAACUAGAGAAAGAAGUAAAAAAUAGCAUAUAUUGAUCAGGCCAGAGACGUGCCUUAUAAUUAUGGAACUCAUAUACUACGUACUAGUGCACGUUUAAAGAAGCACUGUAUGGUGUGAUGCACGCAUACAAUAUAUCUAUAUAUAUCUAUGAUUACAUUUGGACUUACCUCAAGUAUAAUUUUAAUGAUUUCAUCAUGGAAUUAAAUAUUUGUGUGUGCGUGCGUGCGUGCGUGCGUGCGUGCGUGCGUACGUGUGUGCAUGCAUACGUACGUGUGUGCGUGCGUGUGUAUGUGUGUAUCAAGUCAUAUAAACUAUGAUUAAAUAUAAGUAUAAUGUAGCCUGACAAAGAGACAUAGAGACAUGCUUUCUAGAAAGCUCGCUUUUUAAAAUAUAUGACCUUGUUUUUAUAUAAAGUAAAUUCUAAAUUCUUAAAAUUAAUCUGCAUUAUAUAACAUCAAGUAAUACUAAAUUAGUAGUUUGCAAGGUUAUGUUCACUGCUGGUUGAUUAGUUCCAAUAAACCAAGAUCAAAGACGCUUGUAAUAUUUUCUGUUUAAUGCUGAUCAAGUAUGCCAAGUAUGUUUAAUGUAUCAUUAGUAGGCUGCCUAUAUAAUUAUUUAAUGAAUACUAUAUGGUAUAAUGCUUUACUGUGUUAUUUUUAUGUUUUAAAUGGAAAUCUUUAUGUUCACGUAAUUAAAAAAACGUUAUAAAACUCAUUUUUGAGUGGAAUGUAUGGUCGGUGUAAUAUUGAUAGUUAUAGAGAUUACAUUUUCGUGAUAUGCAUGUUAAAUACAUUACAGAGAUUUAGCAGAAAUUAUUGUCGGAAGCAUCACUGUGAUCACUGAGUGUGUGGAACCUAGAUGUUAUAAUAAAUUCUUGAAAACCCAA